AUGGGCUCCCAGCCAGCUACAACGCACACUGCGGGCCCGUCCCGCGCGCCCCGGAUCAUCCGUGGCACUGAACCCGGGCUCCUUGACCCGACCCAACCAUCGCGUCUCCUGCGUUCUCCAGAUUCCAGGCUCUCCUUCGCGUCCUUCGAUCCGCGUACCGCUCUUGCCGGCGAAGAUGUCCCAGACCUGCACAAAUUAUCUAUCGGCGAGGAUCUUCCACCUCCCAAACGUAUUGUCAUCGAAACAAACUCCAAAGGCAGGAGCUUUUGGAGGUUCGUGCCAAAAGCGCGUCUGGAUGAAGGUGCGCGCGACGAGGGCUUUUGGCCACGCGUAGUCGAAAUUUGCGGCGAACACGUGUUUUGCCACCAAGAGCAGUGGGAGAUUUACAAGCUGGACCCAGAGUAUCUGUGCAUCGUCCGAUUUGGCUUUAAAUUUACAUCCAUUGAGAAGGUCAACAACCAAGCUCGGCGCUCUGGAGCUCCUUCGCCGCCAGGGCCAAAGCGCGCACGCGCACGCACGCCUACUCCUGAAGCGGAUACGCCGCUUCCGAGCAAAAGAGCGCGUUCGCGGCGCGCUCAUGUAGACAGUGACGAUCACAUCAGCGACAGCGGAUCAGACGAGGAUGAAGAAGAAGUAAAACAAAUGAUUGUCGAUGAUCUUCCUCGUCCCAAGGCCAAGGCCCCGUCGAAUGUCGUACGACCCGGAAGGGAAGAAUUGAAAAAGGAGCGAGACAAGCGAUGGCAGAAGAUUAAGGAAACACAAACAAAGUACAGUCAAGAGCCGCAAGUUAACGGACAACCCAUGUCCAUGGAUGCGGAACAAUUUGCAUCUCAGAGCAAUACUGGGACGCAAGCCGAAGAGACUGCUAAACGAAAAAAAGAUGGAUUUGCCGCUGACACGGACGAUGAACUGCCACAAGCACGCACCCCUACCAAUGGCCAUGCGCGAAAGCGCCAUCGGACCACAUCACCAGGUCAGGCCAAACAGGCCAUGCAUCACUCAAAAAUGCACCGUGAAAUGCGAAAACAAGCAAAAGUCAGGGCAAUAGACGAACGCCAUCAACAGGGAUUCAAACAUUGGUUUGCCGAUUAUUAUUCCGAUUAUUAUUCAAACAACAUCGACCAACUGCGUAUGUUACCAUUCCCAUCCUACUCUUUCAACGCGAGUGAUCAUGAAAGGCCAUCGACGAGUCCUCAGCCCGCUGCUUCGCAAGAACAGUCAGAAUCCCGUAAGAGCGAAGAUGAAGACUUGAAUGAAGAGGCAAUGCGACGAGCCGAGCUCGCAGAGUCCAUUCGCAAAAUGCGAGAACUUGAUCGGGAUAGACCUCUUUGGGAAGAAGAGCGAAGAAAACGUGAGGCGCAUGAACGUGCUGAAGAGCAGGAGCGCCAGUCCAAAGCCGAACAACGGAGAAAAGCUGAGGCAGAAAUACAAAGGCAGCAACUUGAACGAGAGGAGGCCGAACGUCAGGCACGUCGGGUCCGAGCGGAAGCUGAACGAAGUGCUGCAGAAGAGGAAAGGCGACGGCAAGAACAGCGAAGGCUCAGGCAACGACAACGCUGGGAGUUCGGUAUUUGGACAAGUCAUCGAGCCCUGGAACGAUACAAGGUCCUGAGUGAGGAGUUUGACACUACGAGGUUCACGCCUGAUCAGCCGAUCGCUUUUCUUGACAUCCCGUGGCCUGUGCUACAUCAUCCUUCCUGUCUGACUGUCGAGGAUGUCGACUGGUCUGCAGUGGAGAAAUUCUUUGCAACCGUCAAGACCUCCAUGCGACCUCAAGAUUACAAAGACUUCGUGGAAAGAAGUCACCGGCGAUUCCACCCGGAUAGAUGGCGUGCCCGUAAGGUGUGGUCAGCUAUUCGGGACGAUGUAGAACGCGGCUGCCUCGAGGUUGCUGCCAAUACAGUCGCUCAAGCAAUUACGCCGAUAUGGAGAGAAGUGAAACCACAUUGA